GCGCUCAGGCUCCGCCAGCCAUGGGGCGGCGGUUCCACGCGCUGCGGCCGCUGCUGGCGCCGCUGUUGCUGCCGCUGCUGCUGCCGCCGCGGGCGCUUCCCCGGGCGCACUGCCCCAAGCCCUGCAGCUGCCCGCCAGACGGCGCCCUGCGCUGCCCCGGCCCACGGGCCGGCCUCACCCUACUAUCACUCACCUAUCUCCCUAUCAAACUAAUCCCAUCUCAAGCUUUCAGAGGACUUAAUGAGGUGGUAAAAAUUGAAAUCUCUCAGAGUGAUUCUCUGGAAAAGAUAGAAGCUAAUGCCUUUGACAACCUCCUCAAUUUGUCUGAAAUACUGAUCCAGAACACCAAAAACCUGGUGUACAUCGAGCCUGGAGCAUUUAGAAAUCUGCCCCGGUUAAAAUACCUGAGCAUCUGUAACACAGGCAUCCAAGAGCUUCCAGAUGUUACGAAGAUCUUCUCCUCCGAAUUUAAUUUCAUUCUGGAAAUUUGUGAUAACUUACACAUAACCACCAUACCAGGAAAUGCUUUUCAAGGGAUGAAUAACGAAUCCAUAACACUCAAACUAUAUGGAAAUGGGUUUGAAGAAAUACAAAGUCAUGCCUUCAACGGGACGACGCUGAUUUCCCUGGAGCUCAAGGAAAACACACACCUGGAGAAGAUGCACAAUGGAGCCUUCUGGGGGGCCACGGGGCCUAGCAUCUUGGAUAUUUCAUCCACCAAAUUGCAAGCCCUGCCUAGCUAUGGGCUGGAGUCCAUCCAUACACUCAUUGCCACAUCAUCCUAUUCUCUAAAAAAACUGCCAUCAAGGGAAAAAUUCACCAACCUCCUGGAUGCCACACUGACUUACCCCAGCCACUGCUGUGCUUUUAGAAACUUGCCAACAAAAGAGCAGAAUUUUUCAUUUUCCAUUUUUGAAAACUUUUCCAAACAAUGUGAAAGCACAGCAAGGAGACCAAAUAAUGAAACACUGAACCUAGAGGAAUUUGUGGGUGUUCACAAGACUGUGAAACUAGCAACUAGUUCAUAAACUUUCUGAAUUUCGUAACAAAACCUGAAGUGAGAUCUCCAUACCAACAUGAAAUAACACUGGCUGGUGGAGACUAACCAAGAAAAAUUUUAAAGCAAAAUAAGAGGUGAUUGAAGCAAUGGCUGGAAUUAUUUCAAAACCUGUGAUGCUUCCAACACCACAAGUACAGUUAAUGGAAACUCUGAAGAAUGCAAGCGGGCACAUCCAAAGCACCUGAUAGAAACAAUGCAAGAUUCAGACGACAUGGACUGAAAGAUGACAAGGAAUCACUUCCUAGAAGUAUUGACAAUGAGGAAGAGAAGUGAAAUUUUAGUAAGAGUCAACAUCAAUCAGAUUUACGAAAACAGGACAAAGAGGAUGGACUUUGGUCUCAAGGCGAAAGGGUGUUAAACAGAUCUCAUCCUCACCAGCUACUGUCCCAAUGUUCUUAUUUACAGCAAAGCUCCUCAAAAAAGCCAUCUACUCACGGUCUCUACUCCUACUUGAGUUGUCUGCCAACGUCACCGAUGAUUUCCACGUUGCUAAAUUCAAAGACCAAUUCUUAGUCUGCGGCUUAUACGGUCAGCAGCAUUUCAGGUAGCUGAUUACACUUAUUCCAGUGAGGUACUCUUCCUCCAUCUCCUUUACUGGAUCAUCCUCGUUUUCCUGACCCCUAAUGUUACAGUCCAAAGACUCAGUACCUAGACCGCUUCUACUUUUUACACUCACUCGUAGGCAAUCUCAUCCAGUCUUACAGCUUUUAGUGCCAGGGUCUCUAAACAUCCCAUCUCUGGCUCAACCCUCUUUCCUGCCUGGUGUAUCUACCUGGAUGUCUGAUAGGCCUCUCAAGGUCGACACAUUCAACCUGCAUUUCUGAUCUUUCUCCCCAAACUUUCUCCUAUAACUCUUUCUCUUCUCCAUAAAAGACAGCUCCCGUUUUUAGUUGCUCAGGCCAAAAGUCUGGGAGUCAGUUUUGUUUCCUUCUUUCCACUACACUGGGAGCCCAAUCCAAUCCAUCAGCACACACUACUGGCUCUGUAUUUCAGACAUGUCCUGAGUCCAACCAUAUUUCACCCCCCAUUACCACUCCCAGGUACCAUUGCCUCUCACCUGGAUUAUUGCAAUAGCCUCCUAACCACGCACUGCUUCUGCCAUUACCCACUUUUAUGUCCACAGACUCAUCAUAACAUGUAAUUCAGUUCAUGUCACUCAUCUGCACAAACCUUCUAAUGGCUCCCGUCUCGCUCAGAAUAAAAUCAAGUCCUUCCCAAAGACUACGCCCUACGUGAUCUGCUUCCCUCACCCACCCACAACCUCUCUGAUCUCUCCCCCAGCCAUCCUCCCGUUCAUCUGCUCCCACCACCCAGCAGCCAUCUGCCCUCCUUGGUGUUUCUCCGAUAAGCUAAGCACACUCAGACUUCAGUGCCUCUGCAAAAGCAUUUCCUUCUGCUGGACACACCCUCCUCUGGGAGAUCUUGGUCACUUGCUUCCUCACUUCUUUCAGGUCUCUGCUAGAAUGUCAUCUCAUCAGCGAGGACUUCUGGGGCCAACCUAUCUAAAAUGGGUUUCAAUUUUCUGCCAUUCUGUUGCUUUUUUCCACCCCCUGCACAGCAAUAAUCACAACACGGUAUCCGUGUACUGUCCAACUUCCCCACUAUUAAAUAUCUUCCACAAGAAGAGGAAUUUGCUGUUUGGUGAUUGCGUAUCCCCAGUGCCUAGAAAAAUGCAAGCACACAGUAAGCACACAAUAAACAUUAGAGUCAGCAAGACAACUAAUUAGAACAAUGGUCUCAUAGCAUUUUGAGGUGAUUCAAAGUGAACACUUAAAGCAGCCGAUGUCAAGCAAGCCUUCUGUACUUCAGAGUGUGGAAGACACCUUUGGGAAUGCCUGAUGUGUUUAGCCACAUUCAUACACUUACUCGUGGAAAAAUAUUGUUCUAACAGGCUUUAUAAGAAAAUGACAACAUCCACCCAGAAAGAUUUCUGGAAGACAGUGCCUGUCUUAAAGAGACAAUGCUCAUUAGUAGUCUCUGAGGACUAUACGGGGUGAAGGCUUAUCCUUGAGUCAAGACAGUAUGGUAUAGCCUCCUGAAAGCAUACAUUUGCUUACCUAAGAAGCUAAAAGUACAAUCCUGCACUAGAGCUUUUUACAGACCACACCCAACUUGAUACAUGGCAACUGAAAGCUCAGAAGUCAAACAGGAUGGACCCGCUGUAAUAU